AUGACCGCGACGGAGCAAUGCUGCUCCUCUGAAAUCGCAUGGCCAACUCUCUUCUUCUGGAUGGUCUGCUUCGCCAUCAACUCAAUGGCACAACCAACCGGGAUGGUCCUGGGGCUGCGAUACCGCCAUCAAGCCAUUCUACGGAGCUCUCCCAUUCUCUCUGCAUGUGAUAUUCUCGGUGUCAUGGCGUCCAUGGUCUACUCGGCCCCCAAGUCGGCUACGGAUGUACGAGAGCAAGCAGGCCGUAUCCUCAUCGAUCGAACCGCUGACACAGACGGCAAUCCAGAUACCCGAAAGAUAGCAGAUCUAGAACACCAGGCAAUAUCCCGCUGGGUGGGCUUUAUUCUCGGCGCCCUGCCGCAGUUCAUCAAGCUAUUCGCCAGCAAAGGGAUCCCUUUCUCGCAAGCCCUGGGCGCAAUGUACUUGUCGUCUUGGUUGCUGUUUGAGCUCGUGAUCGUCAUCGCCAAGAUAGACGCCGACAAUCUGACAACGACGACCACAUCGCCGGAGAGCAGGGGUACCAAGCGCCUCGCCAAAAUCUGGGCGUUAGUCGCACUAACCCUCGACAUCGCCAUUUGGUCUCUACCAACCUGGCUCAUGUGGACAAAGGCCACAGCCGAUUAUGUCUCUGGUCCGUCCGUUUCAACUCUGCAUGUUGCAACCAUCAUAGGCAGAGAAAUCGUCCGCAUAGGGUGGAUUCUUGUCUCGCUGUUUGCACUCUGCUGGCCUAUGUGGACUGAAGUGCGCGCUAUACUAGGUGACCUAGGUGUCCUCACCGUAUCGGAAUCGGCCACACACAACCGCCUGACUCCAAUUUCGCUUUUUGGUAGGAUGGCCAUGUGCGCCCAUUGUCUGUCCCCUGCGUGGGCGCUGCUUUAUGGGUGGAAUCACCUCACGCCUCGCGUGGGGACUACACUGCUGAUAGCCUUGCCAUUGAUCUACAUUCUCAGUCCGCUGGGCGCAGGGGCUCUGAUGGUGCUUGAGUACAGGUAUAGGACAAGGAGGGUUGUGGGUGCUGCGUUUAGGUUCUCAGCGCUUUUCGUUCAGCCGCUUGUUCUGUAUGCGUUGGUUUACGACCCGGAGGGGACGGAACAGCCGGAGUGGUCAAAGUGGCUUGGAUAG